AUGGCAUUCAAUUUUAACUGGUCGCCUCUAACGGCAGAUGCAAACUUCUAUCAGAGAGCUCAGGAGAUGCUCACUACCGCCCUAAACAAAUCACCAAAACCUCCAAUUAUUGUCGACGAUAUUAUUGUAAAUGAACUCAAUCUUGGAAGUGUGCCUCCAGAUCUUGAGAUUCUAGAAAUUGGCGACUUGGCAGAAGAUAGAUUUCGAGGUAUAUUCAAGAUGUGUUACUCGGGUGAUGCAUUCUUGACACUCAAGACGAGAGUACAGGCUAAUCCAAUGAAUACAUAUCUAUUUUCGAAACCUUUAUUCACAUCACCACAGCCCUUGGCAGCUGCUUCUGGGCUGACCAUACCGUUACAGAUUACGCUGUCAGAAAUUAAGCUAUCAGCCUUCAUUAUUCUCGUAUUCUCUAGGUUGAAAGGACUGACUUUGGUCUUUCGGAAUGAUCCACUUGAGUCUCUUAAGGUUUCUUCGACGUUCGACUCUAUACCUUUUGUGAGGGACUACCUGCAAAAAGAAAUCGAGAUGCAGCUAAGAACGCUGAUGAUGGAUGAGCUACCAGCGAUAAUACACCGACUAUCACUACAACUAUGGUGUCCAGAACAUUCUACUAGACAAUCUAAUCAAACGGAGCCAGAAGCAAGAAAAGAACAUGAGAUUAUCAUAGAUCCUUUUGCUAGCCCUCCUCAGGAUGCCGUAGACUCUCGAGGAAACGUUCUUGAUGCUAAUGAGAUAUCAUCAUUGUCACUCGAUGGAAGUCCAGAAAUCCAAUCAUUGUUUUCACAGCAAAAUCUUCUCCGCUUAGCCGCUCUCAGGGGAUGUCACCGUACCCUUUCACUAUUCACGCCUUCCAUCAAUGACAUCGUAUAUCGUGCCUUGGCAAGCCCAUCCGACCGCAGUGAAACAGCUGGAUCAUCUGUGCCUGGGAGUCCAUGUCUGAGACGCUCUCAUUCAAGCUUUGGAAGCACUGUCACAGCUUACACCCCUAGUCGUCUUUCCGAUGACGGAAAUGGCAUGGGAAGCCACUCAUCUUGCUCAUCAAUAAAUAGCCUACCAUCAACAACAGGACUAAGCCUCGGUUGUGCCCGAAGCACUCGCUCACACAUGCACAAGAAGAAGAACCGGAUUUUUGAUCUCCGAAAACCAAGGAAUUCAGAACUGCCAGUGAGCGACACAUGCGCAACAAAUAGUAAAGACCCUCUACAUGAGCCAGCUAUGGCAUCUCCUAAACUUGAGGAUAAAAUAUUAGAACCCUCGCCCUCACCUUCUCGUCAAGUGCGAUUCCAAGCUAGCAGUGACGAGACUGAACCUGAAAAACGCUCUUCACCUCUAGCUCAUUCCGAUUAUUUGACAAACUCUGUAGCUCCUGAAAUGCCGAAAGAAGUCUCACCAAUCUCUGUGAGAGAUAGAGCUCCACUACUAGCUCCUAUGGGAGGCUACAUUCCAUCAACAAAAGCAAUAGGAUUAUCAUCAGCCUUUGGAAAGACGUCUGAGAUCAUGACAGCAGCGCAGAAAGCAUCCGUAUCACGAAUUCUACUUGAACGAGCAUGGAUUCUUAAGAUGUCUGAGGCUUUGAAUUUACAAGUUCACGAGAAGAAAGAUCAGUUAGAUCCCUGGCCAUCGGAAGCUGACCAGAGUGAGGCACCUCCAGCUUAUCAGGCUGAAGCACUAUAG